AUGCUCGGAGUGCGGCAAGAGCUUCAGCCGAAGUACGCACCUUACGAGACAUUACAGAACCCACACCGGGGAGAAGCCCUAUGCAUGCUCGGAGUGCAGAAAGAGCUUCAGUCGUAUGAUAAACCUUACGAGGCACCACAGAACCCACACGGGGGAGAAACCAUACAACUGCUCAAGAGUGUGGAAAGAGCUUCAGCCGGAGGAUAA